AUGGCCACUGAGUUCGAUCUCGUCAAGCAAGAUUUGGCUCGAGAAAGGGGGGAACGCCAACGACUUUCGUUGGAAAACAGCCAAUUGAAGCAACAAUUGGCUGCGUUGAGAAAGGAUAAAACAGAGGUCGUCGAACCGGAGACAGACAUUCGGAUCCAAUUUAUCGAAAAAGAUUUGUUGAUUCAUCGACUUCAAGAAGAGAUACAAAAUCGUGGCUCCACUAAAGCAUGUCCGGAAGUUGUAAUCCCAAGAAGAAUUGAGGUCGAGGAUAACUGUGACAUUGAAAUGCUGAAUCUAGAGAUGCCGGACGAUUGCUUGCCUGCACUUAUUGCGGUGAGU